AUGACAGGUGCUGCUCUCUUCAUCGGAAAUGAUGGACAAGUCACUACUAGACGCGAUCUCCCUCCAGUCACAGCUCGAGACGACGAGAUUCUCAUUGACGUCCUCUACUCGGGAGUUAACCCUGCUGAUCUCAAGAUAGUACACUUCAUCAACUAUCGGAACUCUGUCCCGGGAUCAGACUUCUGCGGCAAGGUCCUAGAUUGCCCCGCGCUUGUCGACUCCGGGCUCGAAGUUGGCGAUAUCGUGGCCGGUCAGACUGUUGCCCAAGGAAAAUACUCCAAAGAGUACGGCGCUCAUAAGCCGCGCAUCUCCACGCCGAGAGUUGGCAUUUUCAAAGUCCCUGAGAAUAUGGCUCACUCCGACGCCGCAGCUAUAACCACCGUCUGCCACACCGCCAGCGACGCAUUGUAUAACAACUUCAAACUCCCUCUUCCAGGAUCUAGUACUGAUGCUGUGGAGGGCACGCUGGUCGUAUGGGGUGGAGGUACGGCCGUCGGCUUGUCUGCCAUCCAACUGGCUCGAGCUAGCGGGGUUACCAACAUCAUCACUACGGCAUCUCCUUCCCGUCAUGAUCUUCUCCGAGGACUCGGUGUGACCGAGUGUUUUGACUACAAGGAUGUAGAUGUCCUAGACAAGGUCAGACAAGCGGUCGUCAAAACAGGCCACUCUCGUGUCUGGGGAUUCGAGACUGCAGGGUUGCCCGAGUCGAGUCAGCUUCUCCUUGCUGCGCUAUUCAAUAUCGCUGGCGAUGUCAAAUUUUCUUGGGCCAAUGCAAUGGGUGCGCAGCGUUCACCAAGCGAAUCUGUUCUCGGAUCUCGAGACUACGAUAUCGUCUUUGAGGUUGCCGAUGGUCGCCGUGUUAUUCCCGCAGAACCCGAAAAAGCCGCCAACAUGUGGGCUGCCCUCGACUGGGUAGUCAAGAAUUAUGGAAAGGGCUUCGAGCUUCCCGUCGUACGUGUGUUUGAGGGUACUGGAGAACAGGCGCUGAAAGAGAUGAAGACGGUUACCGAGCAAGGAGCUUUUGGGAAGCUCGUGCUGAAGCAUCCCCUUCAGUGA